AUGCAUUCCCAUCAUACCACGAGUCUGCUCCAGAAGCCGCUCGAACCCAUCUCCAAACUCGUUCCUUACUCUGCGUUGAUUCUCUCUGUCAUUCUCAUCAUUCUCUUUCUGAUCCGUUUCUAUCUGCUGGAAGGCUUCCUCAUCCAGCGUGUCUAUGGCAGAAGCUAUUCCGACAUGAAUGAAACCAACCGCCGGGGCUUCAUCAACCACCACAUCGCGGGCUUGAUGAAAAUCACCAUCCUUAUUGUGGCCGCAUACCCAUUUUUGACCGUCGCCUUCGGCAAUUCGACGUUCAACACCCCCUUUUCCCAUGGAUCCCCGGUCACCAAAGGCGACCUGCUGGUGGUGGUGGCCCAGAUGUUGAUUGCCAUCUACGUCUUUGAGCUCCUCUACCGCGUGAAGCUGUCCCCUGUCGCCGUGCUACACCACGUGGGCACCAUCAUCAUUGGCCAAACCAGUCUAGCCAUCAGUCUGCAGCUGACCCGCGAGCCGGAUGCGGACAUCGAAUUCGUUCUGUGUACAAUUUGGGGCGCAUUUGACACUAUUUCGGAAUUAUUCCCUCAUGUUGCGAUCAUCCUCUACCGCGUCUACCCAACCCGCCAUUCCUUCCUGCGCCGUCUCUUCUUAUGGUCCUGCUGCAUUACGGCGAUCGGUACCCUCUGUGAAACCAUCGUGACCAUGUCCCUGUUCGGGCUGUUGUGGCAUCAGUGGCAGAUGGCAUUCAAAGUGACCACGCCGCUCCUGCACAUCGCCUUUUCCGCGGCCCAGAUCCAUGGCAGUCUCGUGUUCUGGCGUCUGUAUCGAAAGCAAGGGGAGUAUCUGAAACGUGAAAAGGAGGACGCAGAGAUGCAGCAUGAUAAGAUGGAAAUUUUCAAGCUGGCAGAGCCACCUAAGGCGGUAGUCACGACUCAAGACUCAAGAGCGUGUGUCGAUUGGCCAUUCGCGAAGGAUACAUAA